AUGUGGCCAAGGCUAGGAUCCUUCAGCUUUAAUUCAGUGCGAUUAAUUCGCUUUAAGCCUACUCUGUUGCGCAAUCAGCCUGGUUUUGCUAGUAGGAGGUUUUCGAAGGCCGUAAAUAAAAAUGAAAUCGAAGAAUACGGUAGAAGAAAAGGUUCGAAAAUAGCUGGUCGUGUUUUUAUUUCUUCUAUUUUGUUAGGUACUGUGCUCUAUCAUACGAAUGAUACUGCCUAUGAUGUUAUGCGGCAUAUUGCUAUCACUACUGUGCGAGUAAGUGUUGUUACACACGCUACGUUGUUAUGUUGUUAUCACUAUAAAAGGACACUUUCUAAGAAGUAUAGCAGUGACGAAGAGUAUCAGGAAGCUCUUUCUAAAUGCCAUAAGAAAUGCGCAUUAAUUGCGCUACGUGCAUUAGAAAAGAACGGCGGCAUUCACAUUAAGCUCGGUCAACACAUUGGGGCAAUGACCUACGUCCUACCACCUGAGUGGACGAGUACUAUGAUUCCAUUGCAGGAUCGUUGCCCGCAAUCUUCUAUCAAGGAGAUUGACGAGUUGUUUAGACAUGAUCUAAAGAGGGGUUUGACGGAUGUUUUCGAGACUUUUGACACAGAACCUAUUGGGGUGGCUUCCUUAGCGCAGGUGCAUGUUGCUACCCUUAAAGGUUCUGGAAAAAAGGUUGCCGUUAAAUGUCAGCAUUUGCGCUUGAAGGAAUUUGUUCCUCUCGAUGUUAUGCUCACACAGAACGUAUUUAACGCAUUGGAUUUUAUGUUUCCAGAGUACCCUAUGUCAUGGUUAAGCGACGAACUCCAAAGUUCGAUAUACGUUGAAUUGGACUUUACGAAGGAAGCGCAAAAUGCCAUCAAUACGGCUAAGUACUUUUCCAAGUAUUCAAAAUUGACAGCAUUGAGAAUACCUCAAGUUAUUUCAGCUGAUAAGCGCAUAUUAAUAAUGGAGUUUGUUGAGGGAGAAAGGCUCGACAAUUUGAAAUACCUUGAUGAUAAUAAGAUCAAUAGAACCGAAGUUUCCUCCUGUCUAUCUCAUAUUUUUAAUAAUAUGAUUUUCACGCCAAAUGUCAGUAUUCAUUGUGACCCACAUGGCGGGAACUUGGCCAUUAGAGCACUAGAGCACCCUUAUGCUGGUCAUAACUUUGAAAUCAUAUUAUAUGACCAUGGGUUGUACCGGACACCUAGUACUGAGUUAAAGCGCGAUUACGCGAAAUUUUGGUUAGCGCUUCUGGAUAGAGAUCACGAAGGUAUGAAGAAGUAUCUCAAAAAGUUUGCAAAUGUAACAGAUGAACAGUUCCCUAUACUAGCGGCUGCUAUUACCGGUAGGUCUAUUGAAACUGCAUUGAACUACGAUAUUAAAAAAACAAGAUCCAUGGAGGAAAUUAACCAGAUGAAACAUGCAUUAUUAAAAGGAUCGUUAUUGGCACAGAUCAUGGCUAUCCUAUCAAGGGUUCCCAGAAUAGUCCUUUUGAUUUUGAAGACCAAUGAUCUGACCCGUAGUCUUGAUGAGUCCUUGGAGAAUCCGUUGGGCUUAGAACGUACUUUUCUAAUUCUGGCUCAGUACUGUGCGAAAACAGUUUACGAUGAAACUCGUGAAAACAUAGACCAGUAUUAUAAGAAGUGGUCAAUAAGAUGGAUAUUCAACGAACUGAAGGCAUGGGUUGAAUACCAAAGAAGAAAAAAUCAACUAGUAAUAUAUGACAUUGCAUCAUGGUGGAGGUCAAGCGCUUAUUCAAGUAUGUAA